CUUUGUAAAUUUGGCCAAAAAUGAAAAAAAUAAAAAUAGCUGGAAAUGAUUGGAAUUGGUCUAGGAGAGUCGACUUUGACCACCUCUCUCGAAAUUGCAUGCUUCCUGCCUCUUUUGCAUCCUGUUUCUUCGACUAUAAAAUUGCGUCUUUGGUUUGUUGCAGGAAGAUUAUCGGCCUGGAGGUGCACCUGACUUGGACAUCAGCAAAGCAGCCUAUGUGUCACCUGCUGUAUGCUGAGUUGGAGUUGGAGCACACAGGAGGAGGAAUCGCUCCUUUUUCUCAUGAUUGCAGUAAUGAAUCUGGUAUUCAGAUUCGCCCCAAGUCACCAGCAGAAACAAGCCGGCUACUUGAGGAAGACUUAAGCUUAUAAUGUUAGAAACAAUAAAGAAUUAAAAUACUA